UGAUUUUAUUUAUCAGUGUUUCCCUCCUUUCUUUUCCAUCUUCCCUAAAAUAUUCCAAUUCAUUCUUUUCCCUCCACAAUUUUCACUUGCUCGAGACUUCAAAUCCCUGAUCUAUCACCGCCUAGGUUUCAAUUUUCUUCCCAAACCUCCACUGAUUUUCAGCAUUCCAAUGGAAACCCAUUCUUCAGAAACCCUAGAAACUCAAAACUGCCCCGAUCCGCCAAAAAACCGGGCUUUAUCUCCGGUCACUUCACCGGCCCAGGCUCCUGCCGCCACCGGAACCUCGCCGGAUUUCGACGAUUUAAUUGAUUGGGAUGAUGAGAUGGAAAAGGAAGAUCUUCAGGAUGGCAAGCAUUUCUUCGUGGGUGGAGGGCUGUCUAAUUUAGGUAAUACUUGCUUUCUGAAUGCGGUGUUGCAAUGCUUCAUGCACACAGUCCCUGUGCUUAAAGGCCUUCAAGCUUCUAAUCAUCCAUCGCCUUGUGAUGGCUAUAUUGAAGGGUUCUGUGCACUUUGUGCUCUGAAAGAGCUUAUUGACAUCUUUUUGGCUACCAACAGUGGUGUUGUCUCCCCCUGGAAACUUGUCAACAAUUUAAACUAUUUUUCAUCUGGUUUUCAGAGGUACCAACAGGAAGAUGCUCAUGAAUUCCUCCAGUGUUUCCUAGAUAGACUUGAAAGCUGUUGUGAUGGCAACUUUGUAAAACAGACCUUCGGUGGCCGCCUCAUUAGCAAACUCUGGUGUUGCAAUUGUGGCCACUGCUCUGAUACUUAUGAGCCCCUGAUUGACUUGAGUUUGGAGAUUGAAGAUGUGGACAGCAUCCCUGCUGCUUUGGAGUCUUUUACAAGGGUCGAAAACAUUGAAGAUCCAGAGACAAUGUUCACAUGUGAAAACUGUAAAGAGCAAGUGCUGAUCAAGAAGCAGCUUUUACUGGAUGAGGUCCCGACAGUUGCUACCUUUCAUUUGAAGAGAUUCAAAAAUGAUGGUUCUGUUGUUGAGAAGAUUGACAAACAUGUCGCAUUCCCACUCGAAUUGGAUUUGCUUCCUUAUGCUGAAAAGAAUCAUAUAAGUAAUGGAGAUUCAAAAUAUUGUCUUUAUGCAAUUGUAGUACACAAUGGGUUCUCGUCUUGUUCUGGGCACUAUUAUUGCUUCAUCCGUUCUGCCUCGGAUGCAUGGUACAAGUUUGAUGACUCAAAGGUUUCAAGGGUUAGAGAAGAAUUUGUGAUGUCACAGGAGGCAUAUAUUCUAUUCUAUGCCAAGCAAGGCACUCCAUGGUUUUCGGAUUUCAUUGAAACACAAAAGCUAAUAAUGCCUAGCACUUCUCCCAAGUCGGUGUUAGAUAAUGAGGAUGUUGUUUCUUGUAAUCCACCCGGGAUGAGCAGUAGAGUUGCUGCUGAUAUGGUGGCUUCCCCGGUGAGAUUCAAUGGAGUGACACAUGAGAGGGUCGAGGAGGAAAGUUUAGGAAACGAAAACGAAACUCCAUUGAUGAUGCCAACUAAGACUUUAGAUGUCUGUUCUCCUGAAGCUACGAUGAAAAUGGCUUCUCCAUCUCUACAAGACAGCAAGAGACAGAAGAUUGGUGUUCCUAAACAGCGUGUCCUGGAUUUGAUUCCCACAACGCCACCACGGUCCCCAAGCCCGGAAAUAUACAGACAGGACUCCCCUGAAAACGUGUAUUGUUCUAUCCCUCGUCCACAACAUUCGAGAACGGGUUCUUGCAAAAGGCAACUAGAGAAGAACCUGGAGAGCGAGGAAAGAAAGCAGGCGAUGUCGGCAAUCAAGAAAAAUAUGCGUGGGUCGAGAGCCCAGCAACUUAUGGCUGCUUUGAGGGGAUCGCGGAGUGAAGGGUCUGCCAACAAGAAGAGCAGACGGAUGGAGAGUUCAUCAUCAUCACCAAUAAAACACACACGUCCCAUAAUUGCCAACACCCUCCGAUGAGAUGAGCAUUGAGGAUAAGUUUGUGGAUAGAUAGUUUAUGUUACACAUACAAUCAUUAAUCAAACAUUUGUUGUUUGGGGUUGGGGAGGACUGAGGAGUCUAGAGUUUUGUAAAUUGCAGGCAGGAUUGUUAACCACUCCGUGAACUACCGAAUUAUUUUUGAAUCAGUUGAUGCAAAUCUCUUGCAUAAUAAUGUUGCAAGGAAGUGCCAUUUUUCCUUCUAAA